GCCCAGGCUGGCGGGCGCGGGGAAAAUGGCGGCGGCGGCGGCUGCAGCGAAUGGGACUGGAGGGAGCAGCGGGAUGGAGGUGGAUGCAGCAGUAGUCCCCAGCGUGAUGGCCUCCGGAGUGACUGGGAGUGUUUCUGUCGCUCUCCAUCCCCUUGUCAUUCUCAACAUCUCAGAUCACUGGAUCCGCAUGCGCUCCCAGGAGGGGCGGCCUAUGCAGGUGAUUGGGGCUCUGAUCGGGAAGCAAGAGGGCCGAAAUAUCGAGGUGAUGAACUCCUUUGAGCUGCUGUCCCACACCGUGGAAGAGAAGAUUAUCAUUGACAAAGAAUAUUAUUACACCAAGGAGGAGCAGUUUAAACAGGUGUUCAAGGAGCUGGAGUUUCUGGGUUGGUAUACCACAGGAGGGCCUCCUGACCCCUCUGACAUCCACGUCCAUAAGCAGGUGUGCGAGAUAAUUGAGAGCCCCCUCUUUCUUAAGUUGAACCCUAUGACCAAGCACACAGAUCUUCCUGUCAGUGUUUUUGAGUCUGUCAUCGAUAUAAUCAAUGGAGAGGCUACAAUGUUGUUUGCUGAGUUGACCUACACUCUGGCCACUGAGGAAGCUGAACGAAUUGGUGUAGACCACGUCGCUCGGAUGACUGCAACAGGCAGUGGGGAGAACUCCACUGUGGCUGAACACCUGAUAGCACAGCAUAGCGCCAUUAAGAUGUUGCACAGCCGUGUCAAGCUCAUCUUGGAGUAUGUCAAGGCCUCUGAAGCAGGAGAGGUCCCCUUCAACCAUGAGAUCCUGCGGGAGGCCUACGCUCUGUGUCAUUGCCUCCCAGUGCUCAGCACAGACAAGUUCAAGACAGACUUCUAUGAUCAAUGCAAUGAUGUGGGGCUCAUGGCCUACCUUGGCACCAUCACCAAAACUUGCAACACCAUGAACCAGUUUGUGAACAAGUUCAAUGUCCUCUACGACCGACAAGGAAUUGGCAGGAGAAUGCGGGGACUCUUCUUCUGAGGGUACUUCAAAGGGAUCAGGCACAGGGGACAGACAACUGUCCAAAGGGGCCGGGAGCUACACUCCCUCUAGAGAAACUGCUGUUAAUAAAAGGGGAACAGCCCCUCAGCAUC